GUGGGUAUAUAUGUAAAAACCAGUAUAGGACUUUGUUUGAAAAUUUAAUUUAGUAUUACAAAAAAAGAUUAAAUAGUUUAUUUUCAGUUUUUUAAAUUAAAAAAUAAACAAUAAUUAAAUUAUUGAAUAAAUUGCUAUUUAAUGUUGACAAGCAAUUUAGCACAUUUAGUGGUUGAUAAAGUCACAAUAAAUUAGCAAUGAUAUAUUUGAUUGGCUAAAAUUUCCAACUACCUAGUAACUUAAACCUAAAUCUCACAAAAAAUGAUUCAUUUUAAGUGCAGACAAGAAUAUUAUCCAUUUAGUAAAAUAAAAAGAUUCAUUAUUCCGGAUGAAAAAGUACCAUGGCAUGUAAAAUUUCCAGAGUACAAUCCUCCUUAUUACAAUGAUCCAAACAAAAGUUUUUUUGUGGAUAAAAAUAUUGAAGAUCAAUCUUUUAAACCUGCCUGGAAUGCAAUGGAUGGACAUAUCAACAGGAAAAGUUUUAUGAAACCAUACACAAUUGAAGAUGGCCAUCCACUGAACCCAAUCGGCCGUACUGGCAUCAAAGGUAGAGGCUUAUUACGGCACUGGGGACCUAAUCAUGCUGCGGAUCCAAUAAUUACCCGCUGGAAGAGAGAUAGCUUAGGAAAUAUUAUAAAACAUGAACUAAGCAAAAAGUCUAUUUUGCAAUUUGUCGGGAUCGAAAGAAGAGAUUCAGGACAAUGGGCCAUACCUGGAGGCAUGGUAGAUGCAAAUGAACUUGUCUCGGCUACUUUGAAAAGAGAAUUCAUGGAAGAAGCCGUGAAUGCAUUGGAAAAAACUCCGGAAGAAAUUAAAACAUUCCAAAGUUCAAUUGAUAAAUUAUUUAGCAGUGGGUUUAAAAUUUACGAAGGAUAUGUUGAUGAUCCACGAAACACUGAUAACUCUUGGUUAGAAACUAGUGCUUGUAAUUUUCAUGAUGAAGAUAGUAGUAUUGUUGGUAAUAUUCCGUUUGAAGCAGGUGAUGAUGCUGCUAAUGUUAGGUGGAUCGAUAUGGACAAAGAUUUAGAUUUAUAUGCUAGCCACUCACAAUUUAUUGAGUUAGUUUCUCAGAAGCAUAAUGCGCAUUGGUAAUUAAUUAGUUUGUGUAGAUGUUAUUUUAUAUUGUCUUUUCUAAACAUUAAUAAAAAAAUUAAUUAAUUAAUAUUAA